AGCCCGGAAGUGCUCAAACUGAAAAAGAGCGCCUGGAUUCGAAGUGUGGAGGCAAAAUAAGGUGUGUUGGUCAUCAAGAGCUUCCCUACCACCUCAUCUCAGCACAUUUGCAAGAACUCUUUGCCCUAGUUUGAAAGACGGACUUCUGCCAUGAGCUCAGCACUGACCCCCAUCAGCCAUCCCACAGCAAAUAUACAGGAGCAGAGGGAGCGAUGGGAGUUUCGCACGGGCCGAGAGCUGGUCUGCACCGAGCAACACUACUGCCAUCAACUGGAGCUGGUCAUCACGUACUUUGUUGAGAUUCUGAAUGCCAAAGGAACCCUGAGGCAGGACAUUAGAGAAGGCAUCUUCAGCUCAAUUAAAUCCAUUCAUUCAGUAAACCAGACAUUGCUGGCCUACUUAGAAGAUGGCAUGUUUGGCCAAGGCUUUGAGAGGUUCUGCCAGCAUCUGAAUUGCUACACAACUUAUGUGGACAACAUUCAUAAUGCUUCCAAGGUUCUUCAGGUUCAGGUGCAGAAGAACAAGGCUUUCCGGCGAUUCAAGAAGCUCCAGGAGUCGAGGCCUGAGUUCCGCAACAUGAGCUUGGAGGACCUGCUUCUGCUGCCACUACAGCGAAUCCAGCAGUAUAAGUAUUUCCUGCGGGAUCUGACUGAGAACACCAGUGCAGACAGUUCUGAUUUUCCACAGCUUUCAGGGGCAGUGAAAGCGGUCUCUGAGGUGGCGCAGCGCAUCCAGGACAACGCCCGCAGCCACGAGAACCACCUGCAGCUGCGGCGGGUACAGAGGCUGCUGAAGGGCCGAAAGACCAAGGUGCUGGCUCCAGGUCGGUGGUACAUUCGCGAGGGCUGGCUGCAAGUGGUCCCCCCCAAGGGAACUGAGACCAAACCCAAGAUGUUCUUCCUGUUCUCUGACAUCUUGCUCCAGACCACACCCUGCUCUCCACUGCACCCCACCAAUGGGGACAAGUUUGCUUGCCAGCGCAUCUAUCCCCUGAAGGAGUGUGUGGUGGACAAGGUGUUCGGACACACCAAGAGCCAGGGCGGCCUCAUCAGUUUGACCUUCGCUGAAGACAAGCUCCUGCUGAUGUCCAGUGACCAGGAAGACAUCAACGACUGGUACCGGAGUCUGUCCUCAGCCGUCGGACAGCUGGUGUCCAGAAGCACAGUGGUAUCAAAGAGGGACAACCUGUGCCGGAAGCCCCUGCGUUCCGCUGAAGGACGAAGCGAGCCAAACACCCCUGCAGGCCCCAGCCACCUCGAGGGCCUGACAGCCCAGCCUCAUGGCAGGAAGAGGAAUAUGGUCGCUGCAGCGCAGUGUGAGGAGCAGGCCGCUGCCUGCUGCAGUCCAUGCUCCCCUCCAGGAGGAGGCGGAGCCAGCGCGUCAAAAAGGAUGAAGCUGACGGAGAUUCCUGCGGAAAGUGCUCCAACUUCCUCAGGGUCCAACUGUGUCAUCCUGUAGCAAAGCCUCAGGGUGAACAUGGAGCUCCUCUCAGGACGGAUCGAGCCCAGUGUGAGAAACAGUGUGUCUGUGUGUCAGCUUCACGCUUCAAUAUAAAUGUCUGAGCGAAGAAAUGCCAAAGAGGGUUACGUCACAUCAACUGGAAUUCUUUUACAUUUGUGUGCAAUAUGCUGUGCUUUUUUUUUUUUUUUUUAACCUAGUCAUGCAUUUUUUGUUUUUUGCAAACAAGACUGUACUUUUUUGUAAAACCAUCUCAUAUUGAUGAUUUUGUAUUGCAAAUGGCAUCAUUGCUGAGGUGUGUGAACUAAUAGCAUAAUGGUUGGCGAACACUGUAAUUAAAAAUGUGCUUGCAACUGUCAGAUGUAAG